AUGGGAAGCAUCACCGAGCCAUGGGCAAUCGCCGAGAGCGAAAACGCAAACGCGACCGCCAAGGGUUCCAGCAGGGAGCUGCGACAUGGGAGAACGGCGCACAACAUGUCGUCAUCAUCGCUAAGGAAGAAAUCAGACCUGAGACUGAUUCAAAAGGUUCCAUGCAAAACAGUCAAGAACAUUCUCUCAAAUCUCCAAGAAGUUAUUCUUGGCACUAAACUCGCUCUUUUAUUUCUCGCGAUCCCUCUUGCCAUUAUCGCCAACUCUUACCACUUGGGUCGCCCGUUGAUAUUUGGACUGAGCUUGAUAGGGCUGGCACCUCUAGCUGAACGAGUUAGCUUUUUGACAGAACAACUCGCUUUCUUCACCGGCCCAACAGUGGGCGGUUUGUUGAACGCUACUUGCGGAAACGCCACGGAGCUGAUAAUCGCGAUAUUAGCGUUGGCCAGUAACAAAGUGGCGGUGGUGAAAUACUCUCUAUUGGGUUCAAUUCUCUCAAACCUUCUCUUGGUUCUCGGCAGUUCCCUCUUCUGUGGUGGUAUCGCCAAUAUCCGCCGCCAGCAGUGGUUCGACCGGAAACAAGCGGACGUGAACUUCUUCUUGCUACUUAUGGGUCUGCUGUGUCAUUUGUUGCCAUUGUUUUUGAAAUAUGCAACGAAUGGAGAAGCAUCGACCUCUUUGAUUAACAAAAUGUCGCUUACUCUGUCCCGGGCAAGCAGUAUCGUUAUGCUUGUUGCUUACAUUGCUUACCUCGUCUUCCAACUCUGGACCCACCGCCAAUUUUUCGAGGCAACAGAGGAGGAGGAGGAGGAUGAUGCGUAUAAUGAUGAUGUGACUGUUGAAGAAACUCCGGUGAUAGGGUUUUGGAGCGGAUUUGCUUGGCUCGUUGGGAUGACGCUCUUCAUCGCAUUACUAUCGGACUUUGUUGUGGCAACGAUUGAGGAUGCAUCGGAGUCAUGGGGACUAUCAGUAAGUUUCAUAAGCAUCAUAUUGCUUCCCAUUGUUGGAAACGCUGCUGAGCACGCCGGAGCAAUCAUUUUCGCAUUCAAGAACAAGCUUGAUAUAUCUCUAGGGGUCGCGUUGGGCUCUGCAACUCAGAUUUCUUUGUUCGUGGUCCCUUUGAGUGUUAUCGUAGCAUGGAUACUGGGAAUAAAAAUGGAUCUCAACUUCAACAUCCUUGAAACAGGCUCUCUAGCCUUGGCCAUUAUCAUCACAGCCUUCACUUUACAGGAUGGAACUUCUCACUACAUGAAGGGACUGGUUCUGAUGUUGUGCUAUGUUAUCAUCGCCGCCUGUUUCUUCGUCAACCAAAUUCCCCAGAAACAACAAAAUGGCAUGGGUGUAGGAUCUCAACCCAAUAACAAUGCAGCAGGAGGAUUUAUCUCAGCUUAA